AUGCUUGCGUACGGGGUAGCGACAGACUCGAUUGAUGAGUAUGUACGAAUUAGUGAAAACACAGCUCGAAUAGCAUCAAUGAAAUUCACAAAGGGGGUUAUCAACCAAUUUGGUGCCGAGUACUUGAGACAGCCUAUUCCAGAUGUUUUGGCUAGACUACUCAGAUUCGGUGAAGAAUGUGGAUUUCCGGACAUGAUCGGCAGCAUAGACUGUAUGCAUUGGGAAUGGAAAAUUAUCCGUCGGAAUGGAAAGGACAAUAUCAAGGAAGAUUUGGUGUUGCUACUUUAUUUCUUGAAGUUAUUGCUGAUCGUGACUUAUGGAUAUGGCAUUCUUUCUUCGGGAUACCAGGACAAGUUAUUUGCUCAACACCAAGAAGGAGCUCGAAAAGAUGCUGAGAAAGCAUUUGGGAUGCUGCAAUAUCGGUUUGAUAUAGUUCGUAGACCAUCCCACUCAUGGGAUGAAGAAACUCUCAAUGACAUCAUGUUGUCUUGCAUUAUCAUGCACAACAUUAUUGUGGAAGAUGAACGAGAUACAUAUGCACACUACACAGAUACUACUGAAUUCACUACAAACACAAGUAAUAAUGGCGACAAAUUUGAAUAUUAUCAUGAUCGGAUCGUAGAUAUCAACUGUUACAUGGCUAAUAGAGAUGCAAUUGAAGAUCAGCAUGUGCUUCAAUCCUUAAAACGUGAUUUGGUUGCCAAUAUAUGGCAGAAGAUCAAAUCAAAGAGAAUCAUGCUUUUAUCAUUGAACUUUGAGGAGUCUCUAUUAGUGGCCAUGGAUGUGUCAUCUGACCUUACUGAGCUGGGGAAGACUCCAGUAGCAGUGGUUUGUGCUGGUGCUAAAUCAAUUCUUGACAUACCUAGAACCCUCGAAUAUUUGAAAGUAGCAAAUGGGAAAUCUGGUGUUCGUCUAAGAGUGUUUAGGCUAUCAAAUCCUGUCUCAUAUAAUGAUACCCUUCUCCUUUUCCUAUGA